UUCGUGGGUUCUGUGAUGACAUAAUGUGAGACGGGAUGGAGUCGGGCGACGAGUCAGGUCUGAGCACCCAGGAGGCCCUCCAGCGGCUCCACGCCGAGAUCGAGGCGGUUCUGCAGCAGCUGAAGCAGUCCCAAAAGGCCAGAAAAUCCCGCUCCUGGAUCAAAGACACGUUCCACCACUCCAGCCAAGACACCACGAUCAAUUGGGUGUCUGCGAGUUUCCAGUUGUGGGCGGUGGCCAGCAUGUUCCUUGCUUUUAUAAUUGAACAAAAUUUUGUCUUGUGUGUUGAGAGUAUCACACUUUUGCUUUUUCUCCUAAUUAACGUGACGUUGGAACUGUACGAUAAUAAAUUGAGGCAUGAGGAGGUGCCAAACCGGGUGCAGGCGGUUCUUGACACGAUUAAGAGGAUCUCGGAGGGGCGCUGGGAAAAGGAGAAUUACCCUAACUUGUGUUCACCGUUUUCGCCGUGUAUUACGCUGCAGUGGACCUACAGGGACAACAAACUAGUCAAUCUACCGUGGGCCCUAUUGGUCAAGGAUGACCUAAUUGUGAUAAGGCCGGGACAAGUGAGCCCCGGCUAUUGCGAAGCCGUUGAUAAAACCUCCGAAUUUCCGCUCCUCCACGCCAAAGAAGUAUACGCACCGUCGCUACAAAGUGCCAACGAGAUUUUCAGUGCCCCAAAAAUACGGAAACCGCUAGAAAAUAAAAAAUACCGACUGCUGGAAACCCCAUACUUGAACAAUUUGCGGAUCUACUUGGAACAGUCACUAGACAGGCCUUGCACCCUCCUCAACAAACAGAGGCACUUAGUUAUGAUUAAAAUAAUCGAGCGUUUUGUCCUCCCUAUUUGUUUUAUUGUCACGUUCCUUGUGAAUUUGUUCCGAUUUUUGUUCCCGUUGGGCCCCAGCCAGCCCUCGGUGAUGUUCCUAAUCGUCCCCAUUUCCACAAUCCUACCUUUGCUUCCGUUAGUUUUCCCCAUGGCCUGGAACCUGUUGAAUUACUUCGGUCUGGCGCGAUUUCGCUGCAUUUUGGACAUUUCCAAACAAAUUGAAGCCUACAAAGACAACCCCCUCGAAGAGGACACCGAGACUUCGACCAUCGACCACCAAGAGCUGAAAUGUCGGCGGCAGGAACUUUGGAAAAAUUUCGUUUCGAUUGUUAAAGGCCAGCCAGAUUUGUUGGUACAUUCCGCCAAUAUUUUGCACGUCUUGGGCUCGGUCACUGCACUUGGGUGCGUCGAUAAAAAAGGAAUCCUCUCGUGGCCAAACCCCACGGCUGAAAAAAUCUUUUUCCUCCACAAUAACGAAAACGCUUCGCCUUCCUCUAGUCUGGGCAACGUGGGGGACUUGGCCCCUGACGGGGACAGCGCCGGUGGCACCCCACACCACUACUUCGAAAGUCCAAACACCGCAACUGGGGAAGUUCUGGACUUGACGCACAAUCACAGCGACCCUUUUAAACUCCAUUUCGACGACCAGGAGUGGCACCAAUACUUAACCUCCCUGAAGCCGCUAGGCCUUGCUAUUUUGUUAAACACUUGCAACGUUGAAACCCAGGAGCAUUAUGCGGCAUUUUGUAGCCACAUUACGUGCGAGGCCAUUUAUAACGAAAAUCUGGUUCCGGUGAGCAACCGACGGUGUCUGUGCGAGUUGGCCAAAGAAAUUGGAUUUGUGGACCAGGCCCAGAAAAUUUUCGCGCUUGAACAACAACUCUCCACCUUUCGGCACUUGCAGCCGGAAAUGGUCCGAAGUGAUAAUAAGUAUGCGAGGUCGCUUCAACUUUCAACAAAACUCAAAUUUCCGUUCCCGCACAUGUUUGCUGUGGUGGUCAAAGAGUUGAGCAGUGGCUCCAUGCAGUUGUUGUCUGAAGGAACGGCUGAUAUAAUUUUGGAUUCGUGCGUGGAUUAUUGGGACGGGCAUGAUCUGUGCCCUUUGACUCCUUCCGACCGGAAAAAAAUCCAGGAUUUUUACCAGAGGAGCAGCCUCACGGCGUAUUGUACGGCGUUCGCUUACAGGCCCUUAAAUAAAUGUGUUAGUAGUAAAUUAGGGGGAGUUUAUUUGGAAUUGCCGAGUGAUAGUAGACACUUGUAUAUGAAUUACCGGAGUCCGACGCCAGUCCAUUGGGACUGCAAGAGCGUCCUUGAGCCGAAAAUUAAGACUCCUUUGGGGCAAUUUUUUAGCACUGACUCGCUUUUGUACAAUGAUUGUCCGUCGGUUGAUGUUUCCGAUGCUGAGAGUUGCUUCCAAAUGCAGUGUAAUCAGGUCUUUAUCGGAAUGGUGACUAUGCAGUACCAGGCAUUGACCGAUAUGGUGCAGCUAAUCGAACAGCUGGAACGUGCCUGCAUCCGAUUCGUCCAUUUCAGCAAGGAAAACGAGCUGCGUUCGCGCGUUUUCAGCGAGAAAAUGGGCCUGGAAAGCGGCUGGAAUUGCCACAUUUCCCUUUUGAGCGAACGCAACAGACGUGAUAGUGGACAAGCGGAAACCGUUAGUACCAAUCCUCGGCACGAAAGACAGAGACGGUUAUCGCAAAGUGCUCGCAAGCUAACGCCGCAUAAUGACGAAAGGUCUUGUUUGCUCUCUGAUAGCAAUUUGGAGUCGUCCCGAACGAUGAGCUUCUCCGCCCCCAGUGCCAUAAACAUGGAGCAUUCGGUUGUGAAGUUUGACACGGAACAGGAGCGCCUCAACAAAAAUUCAAGCGAUCAAAGCGGCGUUUACUCCACGAAAGUGAGCCACGACAGCGUCCAGAUCCACAACGAGAUCAACACGUCGCACGACUGGCAGUCUCUGAGUUGCCUCACGGACAGUACCGAGCAAAGCGCCCCAAUUAACUUCGAUAUGAGCAAUCGGGCGAAACUACCCCGUGGUAUUGACAAAAUCCGCCCCCAUAUCGAGCUAAUCGACAACGUCCCCUUGCUAGUGUCCCUCUUUACCGACUGCACGCCCAGCGCGACCCGCGAAAUGCUCAACAUCAUGCAAGACUACGGCGAAAUCGUGUGCAUAAUGGGCUCCUCGGCCAACUGCGAGAACGCGGGGAUUUUCAUGCAGGCCGAUGCGAGCAUCGCAGUGGACCCCCUGUUCCCCCAAAUGUGCCAGAAAGUCCCAGUUUACAAGAAGCCAAAAAUGGGGGUUUCACCGCUCGAUCUGUCGCGCGACUUGAACUCGAUCGCUUGCUCCCUGUGCCUCAAACGCGAGGACCCGAUCUCGUUCUAUCACCUAGUCAUGGAGGCGCGGCAUUUCGUCACAAUCCUCUGGAGUUCGGUCCAGUUUUGGGUGUCUUGUUGCGUUAUCUUGAGUGUUCUGCAGCUGGUCUCGGUGCUGGUGAUGUUGCCCCCCGUUUUGACAACGGGGCAAGUCUUGUGGUUGACGUGUUUUGUUGUUCCUCUGUUGAGUGUGUCGCUGAUGGGGCUUCCGGUGGAUCCGGAGGUCAUGAAGAAGCCGCAAGGGAAGAACCAAGUCGGGGUCAAUCUCUAUAUUUCGAUGUUUAUUCUGUGGUGUUACGGAUUGAAGUUUUUUCCGACUGUUGUUGUUGUUAUUGUGACGUUUGUAGGCAUCUUGGCUGAGCAUUGUGUUGAGAUUUGUGGCGUGCGUAAUUGCACCUGUCAGGCGUUUUAUCUAUCGACUGAGUUCAUGUGGGAAGAAGAGUCCUGGACGAUUGCAACCGCAAGACUUAUUAUUGUGUUCAUUGUUUUACUGCAUUUUGUUGUUAUUUCGAUAGGUUUUGUUUUUAGAGAUUAUUUAAUUUAUAAAAGACCGCCAAUCAAAAACCUUUACUGGAUAGUCACUUGUUUUAUUCUAGUGGCGCUUCAGAGUAUUUAUACGAUUUUAAGUUUUUACAACAUUACGAAUAAUACCGAUAAUAGUAUCCAGUUUCAAAUACCACUUUGGGUGAUAAUUUUUGCCGCAAUAUCUCCGUUUUUAGUGCUGAUUAUUAACGAAGUGAUCAAACAGCAGGAAAUAAUGGUAAAUAAACGAUUCAGGAAGCGGGCGCGACUGGACUUUGGGACAAAAUUGGGAAUGAAUUCUCCAUUUUAGCGAUACGAAGUGAAAACUAUAUUUUUAUAUAUCGGUGUAACGGAACCAGUUGACUGAUUUCAUUUGAUAAGACUGGAAUGUUUGUAAAAAAUAAAGUGUUGAUUUUAA